GGGUGCUCAAAUCUUUGAAAACGAACGUUUUUCUUACAAUUCUAAUUUAUUAAAAUAAUAUUGAACGAUUAUAGAAUAAAAGUCAUAAAAUGGUGGAUGUAAAAAAAUUCAGCGAGACGGAUCUUUAUGGUCUUUUAGGCAUUGAAAUCUGCGCAACGGAGGCAGAGGUCCGCAAAGCAUACCGUAAGAAGGCACUUCAAUGCCAUCCAGACAAGAACCCCGACAAUCCGAAGGCGGCGGAGUUGUUUCAAGAACUUUCCAAAGCACUAGAAAUUUUACUUGACAGUUCGGCCCGAGCUGCGUAUGACAAACUACUGAAUGCCAAAAAGGCCGCUCAGUUGCGGACUCAGCAGUUGGACAGCAAGCGACAGAAGCUGAAAAAUGAAUUGGAAGAGAGAGAACGACAAGCAAAGAAUGCAGCCAGUGUCCGCGGAACAUCCUACAAGGUGAACAAAACUCCGGAGGAGUUGUUCCAAGAGGAAUUCGAACGACUGCGGAAAGAGGGUUCCAAGCUAAUCGAGGAGGAACAGGAACUAAUGCGUCAACAGUUGCGCGAAGAAAGAGAAAUGCAGAAACGAUCAGAGUCUAGCUGGGAUGCAUCUAAGCAUAGGAUCAAGAUCAAAUGGAAGGCAGAAAAGGAUGAU